CGCUUUUAAAUUUUCUAAAAUUUUUCUUUUAAGUUAAAAAUCGGAAAUAGAAGUGAUUGAAUUAAAAAAGUGGGAUUUUUCGCCGUAAAAUAGCGUUUUUACGCAAGCAAAAUGGAUGCAAAGUAGAGACGUAAAAAUUUUGUGUGUGUACCAACGAAAGAGAGGAGAAAACGGAACGCGAGAAAGUAAAAAGAAGAAAUCGUAACUACUCGCUGGUGGUGUGCGUGAGUGCUUGGUAAGAAGCAGAUAAAGCAUAACACACGAAAACUGUGUUGCGCCUGGCAAAAAUGAUGGAAAAUUUUGAGGACAUGGAUGUUCGACUAGGACAUAUUAAUUUUAAAGAGAUUGGGGAUGUACACGAAGUCCAAGUACAAGCCGAGCGCAACGAGCUACAAAUUUUUGAGCACACGCAGGCAAAUUUCGAUUUUGGCGCUGAAAUUGUGACAACAAAUGCUAAGCCAGCAACAGCAGCAACAACAUUAGUAGCGACAGCAACAGCAACGACGCCAGCAACAAGCGAAACGAAACCAAAAGAAAAUAGUGAAAUCAAAACAAAAACAUUGCCUCAAAUGGGAGAACAUCAAAUUGGCGCCAAUCGAAAUGCCGAAAAUGUAACCAAUGCGGAGCAAAACAGCCAGCAACAAACAAACAAUUUGGAAAGAUCCUUCUCCGAGGCAGAUGAUGAUGAUGAAGGAGAUGAGGAUGAGAAUGAAGAUUACAAAUCAAGCUGGGCCAACAGCGAUGACGAUGAUGAUGAUGACACCUCCAGCUCGGAUUGCUCAUCUGUGAGCCGCAGCGACUGGAAAAUGCGUUGGCUACAGCGCGAAUUUUGCACUGGUCGCGUACCCCGCCAGGUGAUUGCCAGCAUAAUGCCGCACUUUGCCACUGGAUUGGCAGCAGACACAGAGGACUCGGUGUUGUGGGAUUACCUGGCACAUUUGUUGAAUGAACCGAAGCGUCGCACUAAGCUGAGCAACGUUAACACCUUUGACGAUGUCAUUGAUUUGGUUCACAAGUCGGAGCGGAUUAUUGUGCUCACUGGAGCCGGUGUCUCUGUUUCAUGCGGCAUACCAGAUUUUCGCUCUACAAAUGGUAUCUAUGCACGACUGGCGCAUGAUUUUCCCGACUUGCCUGAUCCGCAGGCCAUGUUCGAUAUUAACUACUUCAAGCGCGAUCCGCGACCCUUCUAUAAAUUUGCUCGCGAAAUUUAUCCCGGCGAGUUCAAGCCCUCUCCGUGUCAUCGUUUCAUCAAGAUGCUGGAGACAAAGGGCAAGCUGUUGCGGAAUUAUACCCAGAAUAUAGACACAUUGGAGCGUGUUGCGGGCAUUCAGCGGGUGAUUGAAUGCCAUGGCUCAUUUUCGACGGCAUCGUGCACCAAAUGCAAAUACAAGUGCAAUGCGGAUGCACUACGUGCCGAUAUAUUUGCCCAACGCAUACCCGUGUGCCCGCAAUGCCAGCCGAAUGUGGAACACAGCGUUGAUGCUUCCGUAGCUGUAACAGAGGAGCAGCUGAAGCAGCUGGUAGAGAAUGGCAUCAUGAAACCAGAUAUAGUCUUCUUUGGCGAAGGAUUACCGGAUGAGUACCACACGGUUAUGGCCACAGAUAAAGACAAAUGCGAUUUGCUGAUUGUGAUCGGCUCGUCGCUCAAGGUACGCCCCGUCGCACACAUUCCCAGCAGCAUACCAGCUUCGGUGCCGCAGAUUCUGAUCAAUCGCGAGCAGCUGCAUCAUCUGAAGUUCGAUGUGGAACUUCUGGGCGAUUCGGAUGUUAUAAUUAAUCAGAUCUGUCAACGUCUGUCGAGUGCUGGGUCCAGCGAUGACGACCAUGAUUGGAAACAGCUUUGCUGUGACGAUCAAGUUUUGCGUGAAUCGAGAGAGCUAUUGCCACCGACAGAGCAUCAUUAUCAUCAUCAUCAUUAUCACCAUCAUCGACUUCGAAGCUCAGAGUGUGAGCAACCAUCACAACUAGACACGGAUACGCAGUCCCUAAAAUCAAAUGGCUCGGUUGACUAUCUGCUCGGGUCAUCGGCAGGCACAUGUUCCGAUAGCGGCUUCGAGUCUUCCACAUUUACAGCGGAACACAGCAAGCGAGAUCAGCUGCAGCAUCUGAUGCUGCAGCAACCGCAACCAGUUGCCAGCAGCAGCCACAGCAAUGCAGCCGAUGCAGACCGAGAAGCCAUUGAACGCAUCAAGAGCGACAUACUCGUCGAAUUGAAUGAGACGGCAUUAAGUUGUGAUCGUUUGGCGGCUCCAGUGGCAAAUGGUGCCACCACCGCCGGCUACCGUCAUCUGUCCGUUGACUCGUCAAAGGAUAGUGGCAUUGAGCAAUGUGAGGCAUCCAAUCCCAGCAAUAUUGAAGUGUCCGCCGGCUAUGCCAGCAAUUUGGACCCAAACCUUUCUGCGAAUAUGGUUGUGGAAACUAAGACAGCGGCGCCCAGCCUAACACCGACUCCGCCGCAGCCGAGACGACAGACCAUAGCCGAACGCCUACAACCCGGCACCUUCUAUUGCCACAGCAAUAGCUGCUCGUAUGUCUUUCCCGGCGCUCAAGUGUUCUGGAAUAGUGACUUUAGCGAGGACUACGAGGAGGAGGAGGAUGGGGCAAGUGUGCGCGAAGCUGAUCUCUUUAGCAACGUUGUGGCCAGCGAUGAGGAAGCAUGCGAUCUAAAUGCGGUGCCCCUAUCACCGCUUCUACCGCCGGCACUGGAGGCACACAUUGUCACCGAAAUCACCAAUGGCAACGCUCUCGACGUCGAUGCACUACCAGCUGCUGCCACCAGCACCUCGAGCACCAGCAGUCCCAGCAAUAAGCGGCGAAGUGCAACAGCCAUGGAGCAAUUGCAGUCGCCAACGUCUGCGGCCAGUCCAGCGAUUGAAUCUGAAACGCCGCCGCCUAUUAAGAAGCGACGACCCAGUGUAGUUACAGCUACAGCAACAGCUGCAGCCACAUUAACAACUGUGUAAAUGUUUAUAUACAUAUAUAUAUAUUUA